AUGGUCGUCCACACGCGCGCUUGCAAUUUCAGCACCACAGACAGCUCCCUGUCCGGCUCCAGCAUCAGCAUCAUCGCCGCCGCUGCCGCUGCUGCUCCUCCGAGUACCGGCGGGCUGAGCCGGACCGGCCACACGGUGGUGGCAGUCUGCCUGGGCUUCAUUCUCGUGGCGGGGAUCCUCAACAACCUGCUCGCGCUGCUCGUGUUUGCAAAGUUCCGCUCCCUGUGGACCCCCAUCAACCUCAUCCUGCUCAACAUCAGCGUGAGCGACAUGCUGGUGUGCGUGUUCGGGACGCCCUUCAGCUUCGCCGCGAGUGUGCAGGGCAGGUGGCUCAUCGGGGAGAGCGGCUGCAAGUGGUACGGGUUCGCCAACUCCCUGUUUGGCAUUGUGUCCCUGGUGUCUCUGGCUGUUCUCUCGUACGAGCGGUGCACCACCGUGCUGCGUUCCUCCCAGGUUGACAUCUCAGACUUCAGGAAGGCCUGGCUCUGUGUCGGCGGCUCCUGGCUCUACUCUCUCCUGUGGACGUUGCCACCGUUCCUGGGCUGGAGCAGCUACGGGCCCGAGGGACCCGGUACCACGUGCUCGGUCCAGUGGCAUCUCCGCUCGGCCACCAGCGUGUCGUACGUGCUGUGUCUCUUCAUCUUCUGCUUGCUGCUGCCCUUUCUGCUCAUGGUCUACUCUUACGGUCAAAUCCUGCUUGCGAUCAGGAGGGUGGGUAAGGUGAACCUGCUGGCUGCUCAGCGCAGAGAGCAGCACAUCCUGGUGAUGGUGCUGUCCAUGGUGUCGUGCUACAUGCUCUGCUGGAUGCCCUACGGCAUCAUGGCCCUGGUGGCGACCUUCGGGAGGCUGGGGCUGGUCACUCCCACGGCCAGUGUGGUGCCGUCAGUGCUGGCCAAGUUCAGCACCGUCAUCAACCCAGUCAUUUACAUGUUUUUCAACAACCAGUUCUACAGAUGCUUUGUGGCCCUGAUGAGAUGCAGCAGAGAAGCCCAUCACAUUCAAGAGGAGGUGCAUCCCAUUCCGAGGGCGCAGCACUCAGACUUCUCCCCCCUCUGUCGACAAAUGUCUGUCAGCACCGCACAGCCUCGAACCCACAGCAGCUCCAGAAGUGCCGUCCACUGCAGCCGACACAAGGAGCCCCACGCGCUCGUCGUUCAUUUCACCCCAUAG